GGAGGCGGAGCAGGAUGGCACUCUCAGUCUUAGAUCCCUCCAGAGCCGCGUACGGCACCUCGCUGCCGCCCAGGUUCGGCCCUCCCUAGCCAUGGCGCUGCUGGGCCUGUCACUGCUGUUCGCCUCCGCCGUCUACCUCGUUCUCUGGAAGCCGCCUUUGCUGCAGACCUUGCUAGCCCUGUGGCGUGGUGACCCCCGAAUCCAGCAGCCCCCUACGACACGUCGCCCUUCACCCUCUUCCCGCAGGGCAGACCCUGACCGCCGGCCGGCUACGGGGGAUGCGCAUAACCAUCUAUCGGUGACGGCCCCGACCUCUCUAGAUGCGGACCGGCCGACCCUGACGCCGCCACCGCCGUCGUCGCCCAGGGCCGAUCUCCUCUCCUCGCCGACAGUAACGCCCAGAGCCGCACCAACCUUGGUACGACUACCCAGCAUCUCCAGCAUACCCUCGCUCUCGCUCUCAGCAGCCAAUCCCUCCGCCGACGAGGGGAGCUCGGCUGCGACCCUGCCCCAGCUCUCCGUUCCUACCCUACCGUCAGACGGACCGUCUCUGGCCCCGGUGACGACAACGUCCAUGGCGCCGCCACCACUACCGCCGGCCCGCCGUCCACCCACCCUAAAUAGCCUCCCUACCCACGGCUCCUCUCCAUCGUCCCCUUCUCUUCUGAGCGUCUCCCCUUCCAGCCGGCCUUCGCCCUUUCCCAGCCGGCAGCAGCCCAACUCCCAAGGCCGCGAUCGCCAGUCCGGCUCGUCGACUCUCGCCCCGCCCCCCACGCACUCAACUCGCCCUUCUAAGCCCUCGCGCAAGGUCACCCUCGAGCCGGGACGCUCGCCUCUCGAUUGGGCACGCCUCGCCAACCACCCGACCGCCGACCUGCGGGGCCUCGGUCCCGGUGCCCCUUACCUGCGCGUCACCCCCAGCAUACUGCGGCGCCAGACCGGCCGCAAGGGCAAGGACGCCUGGACCGUCCUCGGCGGCCGCGUAUACAACAUCUCCCCCUACCUCCCCUUCCACCCUGGUGGCGAGCCCGAGCUGCUGCGAGCCGCCGGCCGCGACGGGUCCAAGCUGUUUGGCGAGAUUCACCCCUGGGUGAACUACGAGACCAUGCUCGCCAGUUGUCUGGUCGGACUGUUGGUCGAGGAGCACGAAGCCAAGAGCACCGGGGAAAUGGAUGCUAUGGAUUGAUCUGACCACGCAGGACCAUGAACUGUGAACCCACAGCAAAUAAUUAUCGGAUCGUGUAUUUAAUUAAGAGGGUUUAUAUAAACUGGGGGACGGCGUGCCUAUGUUGGGUUCA